AUGAUUAAGCAGGUGUGUAGAGCUUACUUAUUAAAAGGUCCAUGUCAACCGCGUAAUCAUGAUUUUCCACAGAAGAUAGAGGCCAAUAGAAAGCGAAAAUUUGUUUCAGCUUGGUUUGAUGAAUUCAAGAUGUGGUUAGAAUAUAGUAUUGCAAAAGAUGAUGCUUUUUGCUUAUAUUGUUAUUUGUUUUCAUCAGGUAGUAGCGAAAAAGGACAUGAUGCUUUUAUAUCUGGAGGGUUUAAUACUUGGCGCAAGAAAGAUAGAUUGAGAGAUCAUGUUGGAGAGGUUAAUAGUGAUCAUAAUAAAUGUAGAUUGGCAUGUCAAGAUUUGAUGAAUCAAGCCCAACACAUUGAAGGAUAUGAUGGUGCAAGUAACAUGAGAGGUGAAUUCAGUGGAUUGAAAACUUUGAUACUUAAGAGGAAUCCUAAUGCCUAUUAUGUUAAUUGUUUUGCUCAUCAGCUUCAACUAACAAUUGUUGUUGUUUCCAAAAAACAUAUCAUUGUUGGGUCUUUCUUUAAUACUAUCUCGCGUUUAUGCAAUGUGGUUGGAGGUUCAUGUAAGCGCAGGGAUAUGCUUCGAGAGAACCUAAAGAGUGAAGAUUAUGGAAGGCAUUGCAAGUGA